UCGUAAACAUAACAAACAUCAUCGACUGGAAUCAUAACUACUACGAUUUUCUAAAAAGUGGUCAGGUUUUAAGAUCUUAUAUUCUUUUAUUUUUUUUCUAUUGUGAAUCGCAUCAAAAAAUGAAUCGUUUAUUGAAUCAAAUUGCUAAAAACUCAAAAAACUUCAAGAAUAGCAAAGAAUUACAAAGAUGUUUGUCUACUCAAACUAAAACGAAAGCCUCGAAUGAAAACAAGACGAAAAAUGUGCCAGCAAGUCAACAAGUCAACCAAUCAUUUGUGCACAAUUUAUUCCGAGGUCAAGUUGAACAUUCUCAGGUCGUAGACGAGAAAACAUUACAAGGUCUUUGGGAACUUGGAUGUUUUGGUUUACAAGUACCAGCUGAAUAUGGUGGACUUGCAUUAAACAACACUCAAUAUGGACGUCUUGGUGAAAUUAUAGGAAUGCAUGACUUAGGUUUGGGAAUUCUUGUUGGAGCUCAUCAAAGUAUUGGCUUCAAGGGUAUUUUGUUGUACGGUACGAAAGAACAAAAGGAAAAAUAUUUGCCACAAGUUGCUGCCGGAGGUGUUUAUGCUGCAUUUUGUUUGACUGAACCAUCAGCUGGAUCUGACGCUGCUUCAAUCAAAUGUCGAGCUGUGAAGACGCCCGAUGGCAAACAUUAUAUUCUUAAUGGUUCAAAAAUUUGGAUUUCUAAUGGAGGAAUUGCUGACAUCAUGACAGUUUUUGCACAGACAGAAGUGACUGACGAAAAUGGUCAAAAGAAGGACAAAGUGACUGCUUUUAUUGUUGAAAGAGGAUUUGGCGGUGUGAGCAAUGGCCCACCUGAAAAGAAGAUGGGAAUCAAAUGUUCAAACACUGCUGAAGUUUACUAUGAAGAUGUGAAAAUUCCUGUUGAGAAUGUUUUGGGUGGAGAAGGAAAUGGAUUUAAAGUUGCGAUGAAUAUUUUAAAUAAUGGACGAUUUGGAAUGGCGAUGACACUUUCAGGGACGAUGAGAGCUUGUUUGCAGAAAGCAACUGAUCAUGCAACACAAAGAACUCAAUUUGGAAGUAAACUUGACACAUAUGGAGGAAUACAAGAGAAGAUUGCCAGAAUGAAUUGCCUUCAUUAUGCUACACAAUCAAUGGGUUUUAUGAUAUCCGGUAACAUGGAUAAUGGUUCAAACGAUUAUCAUUUGGAAGCUGCAAUUUCGAAAGUUUUCGCUAGUGAAUGUGCAUGGUUUGUUUGUGAUGAAGCGAUUCAAAUUCUUGGUGGAAUGGGAUACAUGCAUGGAACGGGACUUGAACGAGUUCAACGUGACUUGAGGAUCUUCAGAAUCUUCGAAGGAACAAAUGAUAUUUUAAGAUUAUUUGUAGCUUUAACUGGAAUUCAGUAUGCUGGUUCACAUUUGAAAGAACUUCAAAGAGCUUUCCAGAAUCCAACAGCAAAUCUUGGACUUAUUUUCAAAGAAGCAUCGAAACGAGCAUCUUCUUACAUUGGUUUGGGAGGUGUUGACAUGACAAACUUUGUUGAGCCUUCGCUAACAGAUCCAGCGAAACUAUGUGGAGAAAAUAUUGAUAUGUUUGCUAGAGCUGUUGAGUCACUUUUGAUUAAGUAUGGAAAAAAUAUUGUCAAUGAACAAUUCCUUCUAAAUCGCUUAGCUGACUCAGCUAUUGACAUUUAUGCGAUGGCAUGUGUGCUAUCGCGAUCUUCAAGAUCGAUUAAACUUAAUUUACCAUCAGCUGAUCAUGAGAAACUUAUGGCAGAAACGUAUUGCAUUGAAGCUAACGACCGAGUCAGAAGUAAUUUAAGAAAAGUUCAUAGCGCUGAAUUUAAUGAAAAUUAUAAAAGAAUGUCUUUAAUUUCUAAGAAUUCUUGUGAAGUUCAUGACGUUGUACAAAAUAAUCCUUUGGGUGUUUAAAUGUUUUUCUUUUUGUUUUAAAUAUCAUGAAAUGAAUUUUUUGAAAUUAGGUAGGUAUUUAAAAUUUUAUUCCGACAAUUUAAUUAAUAACGAAAAAUGUUUUGAGUUUUAUUUCUGUGUUUAGUGCAAUGAAUAUAGAAUUAUUGAGUUAGAAUAAUUUAUUGUUAACAUGCGCAACAAUUAGAAUAAGUUUCAUUCCUCAAAUAAAAGAUUUUUUCUUCCCAAAAUA